AUGAUUGACUGGUUUGCCAUCUUCACUCGCGGCGGCAUCGUGCUGUGGUGCUUCAACCGCAUCGGUGAAGUGCAGGAGGUAUGUCCUGUCAUCAGCCAGUUCGUCCAGAGCGUGAUAUUGCAGGAACGCAAGGGUGGAGGACAGAUGAACCACCCCACGCUCUCUCUGAAAUAUAAACUUGAUAAUGAGUUCGAACUGGUGUUCAUAAUUGCAUACCAGAGGAUCCUUCAGCUAUCUUAUGUCGAUAAAUUCCUGGACGAUAUCCAGCUGAGGUUCCGUGACAAGUAUGACGAAAUCCUGCGACGACAGGAGUAUCUUCAGGCUUUCUCCUUUCAGCGCGAGUUUGACAAUGUCCUCAAGGAUGUAGAGGAAACUGACCGCUUGGAGAGCAAAGCUCCCAAGCAGAUGCGCUCUUACACUGAAUCCCAGAAAGCCAAGCGUUUGAUGCCCCUUGUCGAAGACAGAAGUAAGAAGACUCCUGCUCAAGAACCGAAGAAGGAGGAACCGAAGAAAUCCGAAAACAACAAUGUCCCGACGGUCGCCGACCAGGAGUUGCCGGAGGAGGACGCCCUGAUUGUGAAUCGGGAGAUGCUGAAGAAAAAGAUGCAGGGGAAAGAGAAGAAACCGCCGGAGAAGAAGGCCAAGGCUUCUCCCGGGAAGAAGAGCAAGACAGGCCGAGUUUGGGAUGUGGCAUACGGUGGAAAGGUCAAGAAUGCUGCAGCCCUUGAUUAUUCAAAGGGCGAUUCCGGAAACAUGGAUGAAAAUGCCAUCACCGUCCCCAGAGAUCCCCAUAUGGUUGGAACAAUGAGAGGCGAGCUGCAGGGUAUAGAUAUUGAGGAAAGCACCUCAGAAGAUGAAGAGGAAUUCGAGGAGGAAGAAGUGGAGGUGGAGCAAAAACCGAAAUCCCGCGGAAUGUUCUCUCUGUUCCGUGGCCUGGUUGGCCACAAAACCAUCACCAAGGAAGCCAUGGUACCUGUCCUGGAGAAGAUGACGGAGCACUUGAUUACCAAGAAUGUGGCAUCUGAGAUCGCCGAAAAGUUGUGCGAGUCCGUUGGAUCCAAGCUGGAGGGGAAGGUCCUCGGCACGUUCCAGGGGAUUUCGUCUGCCGUGAAAGAGACCAUGCACGAGGCACUGGUCCAGCUUCUUUCCCCCAAGCGACGCAUUGACAUCUUGCGUGACAUCAUCGAAGCCAAGCGAAAUCAUCGCCCGUAUGUUGUUGCAUUCUGCGGGGUUAAUGGCGUUGGCAAAAGCACCAACCUGGCCAAGAUUUGCUUCUGGCUGAUCGAGAACAACUUCCGUGUUCUGAUAGCCGCAUGCGACACUUUCCGAGCAGGAGCAGUGGAGCAACUUCGCACCCACACCCGUCAUCUGAAUGCACUCCACCCGCCAGAGAAACACGACAACCUCACGAUGGUUCAGCUGUACGAGAAGGGCUACGGCAAGGAUGCUGCCGGCAUAGCUAUGGAAGCUGUCAAUUUUGCCCGCGACAUGAAAAUCGAUGUCGUUCUGGUUGACACUGCCGGGCGGAUGCAAGAUAAUGAGCCGCUCAUGCGCGCCUUGGCCAAGUUAAUCAAGGUCAACGAACCGGAUCUUGUCCUUUUCGUUGGGGAAGCCUUGGUGGGGAAUGAAGCCGUGGAUCAACUGAUGAAAUUCAAUCAGGCACUCGCCGACAAUUCGGCAAGCACUAAUCCUCAUCUCAUCGACGGGAUCGUCCUGACCAAAUUCGACACCAUCGACGACAAGGUCGGGGCUGCUAUAUCCAUGUCCUACAUCACGGGGCAACCCAUCAUGUUUGUCGGAACGGGGCAGACUUAUCGAGAUCUGAGGAGUCUGGACGCCAAGGCCGUCAUUCAAACCCUCAUGAAAUGA